GUACCUUCGGCUGGCUAGCUAGUUAGUGUAGCAAAUGGCUGGGUAGCCGUCUGGUUGUUCGUUUAUAUAUGUAUUUCUAGCGUUUAAUAUGAUAGACAGAUGUCUGGAAUAUCUUUAUUAAAUGUCGCCGUUGUGAGGAAAGCGAGGGUGGAAUAUCCCAGGCUGUCCUGAGUGGUGGUUGAGCUGACUGCAGUGCUGGGGAAAAUGUGCAAUGGAAAGACCGAGGCAACAUCACAAGUCUGUUUUAAAUGGUCUGUGUACUUGUUGCUGGCAUUGGCGGUGGUAGACACAGGUGAAGGUUCAGGUUGUCUCAGACCUAUCAUGGUGGAGCAUGGCUCGCCUAACGUGCCAGAAACCAACAUGGGUUAUCUCCCUGAGGGAACAGUGUUGGAGUACCACUGUGAUUCUGGUUACCUGAUUGAUGGACCAAGUGUACUCACCUGCACAUCACUUGGACAGUGGUCUUCAGAACCACCACAGUGCAUACACAGUGAUGUCUGCCAGCCUCUACAUCUGCCAAAAAACGGGGGCUACACCUGCCACCCCUCUCCGUGUCGCCGACUUUCUCAUGGCACUGUGAUUGAAUUCUACUGCAAUGACGGCUACGUUUUGAAAGGCGACUAUAAAUAUCUUACCUGCCAAUAUGGGGAGUGGGACGGUCCAGUUCAGAUCAGCUGUGUCAAAGAGCAAGCUUGUCUGCCCAUAUCUAAACCAGAGAACGGGGGCUACACCUGCCACCCAUCCCCUUGUCGGUUUUCCCAUGGUACUGUCAUCGAGUUUUUUUGCCAUCCGGGCUUCGUCCUGGGCGGGGACUACAAAUACGUGACCUGUCAGGAUGGACAGUGGGACAGCCCCAUGCAGGUUAGGUGUGUCAAACAAGGGUGUAUGAGACCCUUCACGGAGCUGCACGUUUUUUCUAACCUGACCGACACUAACAUCGGCGCCUUCCCCGUUGGCGCUGUGCUACAGUACCGAUGUGACCCGGGUUACCAGCCGGACGGACCUACCAUCAUCAGCUGCACUGCCUCGGGACACUGGUCCUCAGAACCUCCUCGCUGUUUACGCACCAAUGUGUGCCAGUCUCCAUAUGAGCCAGAGAACGGAGGGUACACCUGCCACCCAUCCCCGUGUGGUAGACUCUCUCAUGGCACCGUGAUUGAGUAUUUCUGUGAUGAAGGUUACAUCCUGAAGGGAGAAUAUAAAUACCUCACCUGUCAGUAUGGCGCCUGGGACGACCUCAUGCAGAUCAGCUGCAUAAUGGAACAAGGCCGCGAUACAUCCUUACCAUUGGGGAUGCCAACUUGGUCCAUAGUGUCGUCCACAGCAAGCUCGGUGGCCCUCAUCCUUCUCUUGGUGGUGCUGUUUGUGCUUCUGCAGCCAAAACUGAAAUCCUUCAAUCGACGGGACGAGGGUGUGUCAGGCCAACCCGUGUCCAUAGUGGUGGAAGGAGUCCAGGUGACUCUACCCUCGUACGAGGAGGCGGUCAGCAAUAAUGCCUCGGCUCCCAGCUCAGAGUCUCGCGUGCAAAUUGUGUUGUCUGAGGAGCAAGCCAGUACGCCGGAGGCCGGCCCCUCUCGGCCAACUUCCUUAAAACGGCUGCACUCGGAGACGGCUGUGGUGCACCCUUUGCCGCCUUCGCCGUCCUCAUCUUCAUAUUCCAGCUGGACUCAGGAACAUGCCGACGCUUCAGCUCUGUCGCCUGACGACCGGCACGGCUUCCCUCUGCUUGACUCGGAGGUGGAGUGUUCUGAUGAUAUGCCUUUGCUGAAGCAAGCCUGAACACACAAAUGACUACACGACAGUGAACACACUUACACAAACUAAGCCAUGUGUCUCUCUGACCAUCCCAAAGCAGAACACAAGGGAGUUCCUGUACAUGUACAUAUUAACUGCAUUUUCCAAAGGAAUCCCCCUCACAGUCUAAUGUAUACCUAAUGUCUGUCUAAUGUCCCCUCUCGCUCUGUUUUGUCUACUGCUGCUUUGAAGUACACGACACCGUCACGGCUUGUGGCAUAAGCUCACGUCAGCAAUUGAUUCUGAAUGAAAAUAAUAAUGUAUGCCUCACGAAUCACCUUUCCUGUGUUAUUAUUGAUUACAUGGCUGCUUGUCUAUCACUUGACCUCACUUUGCUCUCUUAAACUUGUUCACACCUUUGUCCCCGAUGGCCUUAUCUUCCCACUUCUAUGCACACGUAUCCAAUAUGUACAAGAAGGACUUUGCAAACUGAAUGUUGCUUCGUCAUAUAAUUUAUUUGUAUGUUUGUCAUAGCAGAAAAUAUGAUACACUUAAUAUAUUAAUGCUUCAAUGUUUGUUUAAUUUAUUGUGCUGUUGACCAGUCAUGGUUAUAUUGACACUUCUUGGAAUCAUUUCAAACAGCACUUUUUUAUUGUCACUUUUACUGUCUAGUGUCAUAAGUGAUCUGGACAAAAAUGACCAUAAUAAUGGUGUGAUAUGAGUGUUAUAAUUGGUUUGCGUGUUCAACCUACACUGGUAUGAAAAUAUCUGGACCUUUUGGAAUUUCUCACACUUCUGCAUAAAUUUACCAUCAAAUGUGAUCUAAUCUUUGUCAAAAUCACACAGAUGAAAAAAUAGUGUCAUGUUUUAAUGAGGAUAGAAUGCAAACAAUGGCAGAAGGAAGAAAAAUAAGGUGAACCAUCACAUUUUAUACUUUGUGCCCCCCCCCCCUUGGCAGCAAUAACUUCAACCAGAUGCUUCCUGUAGCUGCAGAUCAGAUUAGCGCAUCAAUCAGGACUAAUCUUGGCCCAUUCUUCGAUACAAAACUGCUGUAGUUCAGUCAGAUGUCUGGCAUGAAUCGCUGUCAUUAGGUCAUGCCACAGCAUCUCAAUAGGGUUGAAGUCUGGACUUGCCACUCCAGAACACGUAUUUUGUUCUACUGAAACCAUUCUGAAAUUGAUUUACUUCCGUGUUUUGGAUCAAUGUCAUGUUACAGCAUCCAUCCUCUUUUUAGCUUCAACUGUCUGACAGACGACUUCAGAUUUUCCUGCACAACAUCCUGAUAAACUUUUGAAUUCAUUCUUCCAUUAAUGAUUGCAAGUUGUCCAGGCCCUGAGGUAGCUAAACAGCCCAGAAUCAUGAUGCUCCCUCCACCAUGCUUAACAGUGGGGGUGAAGUGUCGAUGUUAGUGAGCUGUUCUAUUUUUCUUCCACAAAUGACGUUGUGUGUUACUCCCAAAUAAUUCAACUUUGGUUUCAUCAGUUCACAAAAUAUUUUGACAAAACAUCUGUGGAGAGUCCAAAUGCCUUUUUGCGAACAUUAAACAAGCAACAAUGUUUUUUUUAGACAGCAGUGGUACCUCUGUGGAGUCCUCCCAUGAAAACCAUCCUUGGCCAUAGUUUUACAUAUAGUUGAUAUGUGCACGGAGAUAUUGGACUGUGCCAGUGAUUUCUGUAAGUCUUUGGCAGACACUCUAGGGUUGUUUUUUACCUUUCUGAGUAUUCUGCGCUGAACUCUUGGCGUCAUCUCUGGUGGACGGCCACUCAUUGGGAGAGAAGCAACAGUGCCAAACUCUCUCCAUUUGUAGACAACUCUGUCAAUUGAUGAACAUCCAGACUUUAAGCGAUGGUUUUGUAUCCUUUCCCACCUUUAUACAAAUCAACGAACCUUGAGCGCAGGUUUUCAGACAGCUCAAUGCUUCUCAUCAAUACAUUUCUCACCGGGUGUGUUUUUUUAUAGUGGGCAGGGCAGCUUUAAACCACUCACCAGUGAUUGGGCACACAUCUGACGUAAAAUGUUUGGUAAAAAAUUGGUUUCAAUUGCUCUUUAAGACUCCUUAGGCAGAGGGUUCACUUACUUAUUUUUCCCCUUUCUGUCAUUGUUUGCUUGCUAUCCUCAUUAAAAUAUGAAAACCUAUAAAUGUUUGGGUGGUUUUAGUUAAGGCAGACACUGUAUUUUCAUCUGUGUGAUUUUGACAAAGAUCACAUUUGAUGGUGAUUUUAUGCAGAAAUGUGAGAAAUUCAUUUUUCAUACCGCUGUACAUGACUUGUUGCUUUGUAAAUAUUGUAAUUUAAUGUAUGUAAAGUUUUAAUUUAAAUAACAAUGUAGCAUUUUGUCACAAUCAUGUUUGAUUAAAUAUUAAUGUUCCAAUUGCAUUUACCUCAUUUCAUGUC